AGAACCACCAUGAGCGACACGACCGAGCCUUCCAAGACCACCGGCAACUACGACUACGCCGUCGGCUCGAUCAAGGAGACGAUCGGCAACGUCGUCGGCGCCGAGUCGCUCGCGCAGGCCGGCUCGGAGCAGGCGGCCAAGGGCGACGCCGAGUACAAGCUCGCGCAGACCCAGGAGUACGCCGAGGGCACGGCCGACAGGGUGGGCGGCAAGAUUGACCGCAUCAUUGGCGCGGCGACGGGCGACUCGAGCCGCGAGGCCGGAGGGCUGGCGCAGGAGACCAAGGGCAAGGCGCAGCAGGCCGCCAACUCGUGAUCGUCGUCGUCGCCCUCUCCUUCCUUCGUGCCCUCGCCGCAGUCGCAUGUUGUCCUGAAACACGCUGUCUCUCGCCGUACCUCGCC